UGGCAUCACGCUUGACACCACUAACACAGUACAUUUUUUCCCAAUUUUUUCAGUGUGCUAGAAAUCAAACAAAUUUCGUCAAGUUGCUGACCAAAACCUAAAAAUUUCGUGUAAUUUAGGUGCAAGUUGUCGUGAAAAUAAAUUUGCUCUUAUGACGCAAUCCUGAAGUGAAAAUUUUUCAUGCCAUUCGAAGCAGCAGCAGCAGCAACACACUCAAACACACACACCAACAACACACACAAAAAACUUUUCGUCUCGUCUCGUCGUCUCGCAAUUCGAAGGAACGGAAGCAAAAUUGCGAGCAACGCGCGCCAAACUCCCAGAAAAUGAAGCGCCAAUGAUGCAAUUCCCGUAAGUCGACUGACUUUUGAUAAAUCAGUGCGAAGAAGAGUAACAAAGGAAACAACAACAACAACUAUUAUUACAGCUUGUACGACGCAUACGGCACGUCGACGUCUUCGUAGGGCCAUACAGCAACUCUAUCAUCAUUCACACAUCGUCGUGUCGUGUCUUUUCUAUUUAGCAUGUACGACGCACCACGUAGACACUGAGAAAAUAUCCAAACGAAGAAACAGAAGAAGAAGAAGCAAGAAUACAAGCAGUUUAACGGUAUAUCUCUGUGUUGGUAACAAUUCAUAGAGUAAAUUGUGUGUGCAUUUGCCUCGACUUGUCUCGUUGUGUUGCAGCAGACAAGGAGCAUUGUACGCGAGAAGACGCGCAAAAACAAGAAAAAUCAGCAAAAAAAAACCAUGAAGCGCUAAAACGGAUACCAACACAACACAAAUCACACGUUACUCGAGUGGAUCUGAUCGGAGGUCGUCCCGUAUCCCAGAAAAAAAAAAGUUUAUUUCAUUAUUAUUAGUACGUUCGUGCGAUUCGUCGUCAUCAGACAACAACAUCGCCAUCCAGCCAGCCAGCAGAAGUCAAUAACCUGCUAUUUAUUCAAUAAGUUUCUGUGUUAAUAUUUGUUCAUUUUUUUUCGAUUUCGGAGCGUGAUAGUGAAGCGACUUCACGAUGAUUAACAAUAAUCGAUGGAUCAAUGCGCCACCAGAUUACAACUAUUUUAAACUUGUGCAUGGCUGCUACUAAGCCCCACAACACAAAAGCAACACAUUUCAUCACAGAGUGACUCAUACACUCGUCUCGUCGUCGUAUCAUCAAUUCACCACCAUCAUUCAACAACGGAACCUUAAGGCCAAUUAAGGGAAAAAAUUAUUAUUCAUCAUCAUCAUCAUCAUUAUUUGUCGUAGUCGUCGUCGUCUAACAAAAACAAGUCGUUAUCGCAGGACUCAAGCAGGUAAUGAAUGACUCGUCCCUGUAAAUAAAUUAAAAAAAAAACAAACAAAAAAAUUAGUGUCGAGAAAUUCAAGCAAAAAAAAAAUCAUGAAGUAUCAUCAAUUCGUACCUGCACGAGCAGUAAAUGCGCUCUCCGAUUGGUUAGUCUUUAAUUUAGAAGAAUUGGGUGUCGAAGCACCACUAGUUUAUUCGCGUCUCUUACUUUCGUUGUUGCACACGACCUUCAACGUCGAACAAGCAGCCGAUAUUCCGUACUUUAAGGAAUUUGUGGCAAAAACAAAGUCGCAUCAUCCGCUCGACAUUGAGGAGUUGAAGAAAUUCGCGGCAGUUCAUUUGUUGCUCGAGGCAUUGCAACAAUCGUCGUCGUCGUCCGCGUCGGACGGAGGACCGGAGGAAAAUUCGGGCAUCGUGCAGUUAGUGAACGAGUUGUACAAGAAGAUACGUGCGAUUGAGGACUCGUCAGCGUCCACAGCAUCGGCAUCCGGGGUCGCGGCAAUUGAGCAGUCCAACGUACCGCUCGAGAACAAAAACUUGGAUCACAAUCUGAGAAGUCGGUUUAAUGAUAUGAAGCAUUCACUCGAGACUUGCACGAUCGAGGAUGUCACGAAAAAAUACUAUUCAGCCUUCCCUGCGCUGGAUAAGGAGUUGACUGGUCCCUCGAAAAAUCUCCAAUCUUCAAACGACAUGCAAAAACGUGUCGUUGCAUCAUCUCCAAACAGCAACAAUCUGUUGUGGUCGAACGUGUUCACAAAGAGCAAUCUGCAAUCGCAAAAGUCUGUACCAAAAACAAACUCUCUCAAACGCAAGUCCAAACGCAAACGUGCCGGAAAAACGCGCAGCUUGUACGUCAACUCCCGCAAAAAUUCCUCGUCCUUCGACGACGGAACCUCGUUGUGGGACAUGAAUUUCGAGGGCAACUGGGAAAUGGGUCAAGACAUGAUCAGCGAUUUUGUGAUGCAACAAGAGCAGGCAAGUCAUCAUUAUCACAAGCGCAAUCGCAGCAUCUCGGAGGGAGAUUUUGGCAAGAAUUUCGGCGGAAAAGCACGUCAUCGUGGCACCCAGCAAUGGAUAAACAACAAUAACAUGCAAGAUUUUUAUCGCAAAAGCAGCAAUACCAAAGAAGAUGUCGUCGCGUAUCACUUACCGAAGCAGUUGUUACCGAUGGAAAAGCAAGUUGUCAAUUUUCAGUUCAACAAUAACGUCGUCAAUGCACACAAAAAGCCCGCAGAAGCUCCGCAGCCGCAACCGGCGCCACCACAACUCGAUCCAAUGGCGCAAUUAAAGUCCAAAUUCGACAAAAUCAAGGCGUUGUGGGAUGACGGCGAAGAUUCCUUGGAAAAUUUUAACGUCACCAAUACGCGAAAUGUCUGGGAGCCGCUCAACGAACCUUCGUACUACGAUCAAAUGAGCAUCGCAUGGGCUUCGGUUCCGGCUCAUACGCUCGAAUAUCGCGAUUGUGGCGCCCCAAAGCAACAACUCGACAACUAUGACUUCAUCAAGUGUGGCACGAAUCUCCAAACAAGUAUCUGGUCAAAUAGCGAUAAUGGCGACUCACGCACGGAAGACGCCUUGCAAUGUCGCGAAAUUUUCGACCAGGCACCGCAGGCAAAUCGUAGCUUGACGGAAAAGCGCGGCAGUCACAUUUCCCUGUCGAAUCACUCGGAGCACAGCAUGUUCACGGAAGUAAUUACCUCGAAGAAGGGCAGCAGCAACAACUUGUUGUCGCAUUUUUCGAGCACCGCGACGACCAGCGAAGCGGGAAAAUCGGAUUUUGAUGCGAAAGAAGAUGAAAAUCUUCUUACAAGUGAUCGGACUCACUUUAAACCGAUCGCUUAUCCCGACGGUUAUACGUUCGAUAUCUCCAAUAAUCUGGAUGACGUUCAAUUUUAUCGCUCAGAGUCCGGGUCGUUGUUCCUGGAUCAAGAUCAGUACAUGGAAUUGCGAAUGGAUAACAUGCGCGAUGACUUUUAUGGGUUCAGUCAGCUUGAGGCAGCGGAAGAAAUGCGUGAGGACAUUGAUCAGGACCUCAAAUUUGUCGUAAAGUUCUUCGUCACGACGCAAAACGAGAAAUGCUGCCAAACGGAUGAGCAAGAACUGGAUAAUGCUUAUACUUUUUACCAAUCGGACAUUGGAUUCGAUCAUUUUCGCACCAAUUGGCGUUAUUCGGAGCAAGUUUUGGCCGAUACGAAGAUUGAUUUUAGCGGUGGAUACUCCUUCGAUACGGAUGACGACUCGAUCAUGAGCUCCAAAUGCAUCUGGAGCAAUGCGGAGGGCAUGAAUAACAACAACAACAACAAUGUCGGGCAAAAUUCGGAGCAUCAUCGUUUGUGGGAGGCAUGCAAUACGUGCCAAGAUACCGUUUCGUUCCCGGCAAAUCGUCUGUUGAAGGACGAACUGCAUGCCGAUGGCGAGGAAAUUCUCGCAGAUCUCAAUUACUUCCAAAGUCUCAUCAUCGGCAAUGACUGGCACGACGAAACGAACAACAAUGAACAGCCCCCCUCCAAGGACGAUGAUUAUUUGUUGCAAGCCGACACCCUGAUCGAUCGCAAUCGGGUCUACCAAAAAGUCGACAAGUUCGUAAAUGACUUGCUGAAGCCGGAAACGACCAAAACGCUCGCCAAAGCUCUCGAUACGUGCAAUGCCGAUUGGGAAAAUGUCGCGGAAAAUGACUUGCUGCCGUUCGCGUAUCUGUUCAACUGCCAAACGGGCAACAACAAGAAGGAAAAACGUCGAACCACGAGUCACAAUGAGCAACAAGUGCGCAUGCCGGAGGUCCAAAAGUCGCCACCCGACAAAAAUCGCGAUCAUCCUGUCAAACCGUCGUCUGUGAACUUUCUCAACUUGUGCAACUACAUCGAUGCCGAGUUGUGGAAAGGCAAGGAAAAGUCAAAUAUCGGUCAACUGAAGCUCCUGCAGCUGCAAAAUACGGUGAUUCGGAAUUCGCGUCUCGAGCGAAAACGUCGACAUUCGGCAUGCAAAAGUCUCUACAAUUAUCGCCACAUGAAACUCGUGGGCUACGACUGCUCCGACGUGUUUGACGACGAAACCUUGAUUGCAUACGGCGCCAACAUCGGAAAUACGGGAAAGCUGAUUAACGCGGAACACGGAAUGACGUUCGAAAAUAUCACGGAAAAGCUCUUGCAAGGUGUGGAAAUGGACGAGCACAACUUUAUCAGCAAAUAUUGGGCCACAGAUGCCUCCAUCAUCUUCAAGAACAACAAUUUACUGUUAAAACAAGUUGAUUUAACACGACCUCUGACACGUUAAAAUGGAUUUAUGCUUCGAUUCAUGAAAAAAUCACAUUAUUCGCAAAAUAAUUAAUUUUUAAACAAAAAAUGAACAGAAAAUUGAUGAAGUGAAGAAAAUAUUUAAUGUAUAGUAAAUAUAAAGAAAAACUACAUACGAGGUCGCUCCAAAUCAACUUCAACAGAAAACCCUUCAGUUCAUAUGUAAAAAAAAAAUUUGGCGUAAAAAUUUUCAAAAACAAAAAAAAUAAAAAUUUUAAAUAAUCUGUUGAAAUUGCUUCGGAUCAACCUGCAAAUAUAAAAAAAGAAAAUUAAAUUAAAAAAAAAUACGAAAAAAUCUCAUAAAAAAUUGCUAUAAAAAAAUUGAUAAAAAAAAAUAUAAAAAAAAUAGUAUCACAUGCGUUACCCUGUCAAAAUAUAUCGAUUGAAAAAAAAUAAUACAAAAAAAUAACAAAAAUUAUAAUUAUUAUUAUUAACCACAACUCUUUACUAGUAAAUGUGGUAUCUGUAUCUGCCCGAAUUUUCAGUAUUUUUUAACAAAAACUUUUUUAAAAAGUAGUGAAAACUUGGGUAAUUUCUUCUCUUAAUCAACUUUAGCGACUUUUUAUUGCAUAAAGUUGAUUAACAAAAGAAAAAAAAAUAAAAAAAAAAGAAAUUUGUCUGAUUGGGUGAAAUUAACAAGUGAACCAACGUUACUUGUUACUUGCACUUUUUAAAAAAUAUAUAAAUAUUACUAGCUUCUUACUAAAACUAGCAAGAAGCGCACUGAAGUAUAACUGAAAAAAAUUGGGAAGAAACACUAUGAAAAAAUAAUUAAAUUUAAAGUAAUAAUUAUAAAAAAAAUAUUAAAUUUAAUAGGGCUGAAAAGUAAAAGUAUUUUGAAGAAGAAAAAAAUUUCAUCGUGAAUUAUAUGAUUUUUUGUUUAUUUUAUUAUUUUACUCAAAAACUGAAAAUUGCUCUUUAUUAUUUUUUAAAAUUAAAAUAUAUUUCCAAAGUCGAUAUUAAAAAAAAAUAAUUUAAUAUAAAAGAAACAAGAAAAAUGAAACGGACACCACAUUGAUUUUACACGUCCCGUUCUUGUAUUUUGCUGUUUUUUAUUAUGAUUUUUUCAUUUAAAAAAAAAAUAUUAAAAAUUAUUACAGAAUUUUUUUGAAUUAUUAUCUCACUUUAUCACUCAAAAACGCGUUAAAAUAUAAUUAUAUUGAUCAAAGA